AUGCUCUAUUCAGUUCAGGUAAGCUGAAGAUUGUAGGUGUGGAAUCAGCACCGUAUGGUAUAUCAGCACAAGUUUUAUAUUUUUUCGUGCACCUCUCCUCCUGCAGUGAGCCUCCCUCUAAUUAAACUGUUUAGAUUUUUCAGUCCGUCUUUCUCGAAUUACUCCUUACAAUGGUCAAUUCGAGUCCGACCGCUCCGAUGAGCAUGUUGCCGGAGCGCGAGUUCGGCGGGCUUAAGGCGCCCGAAACGACGACGGAUAUCUACGACUCGCCAAUGUGCUCCGAUCAGGAUGCGAAUGAGAAGCCGCAGGAUCUGGCACUUCUUUUGAUGAGGAAUUAUUCAAGGCAAGCGGUGUUUUCUAACUCAAAACAGCUCGAAAAUCCCUAAAGCGAAGUUGUUAUGACCCCUCCAAAUUUGAUGAGGUCAGAAAGCAGCAAAAACAACCUUCGCCAAAGCUUUUUUCGAUACCAACAUGACCUUUUAUGAAUACAGAUUGAGAUGAAAGACCUUAAAGUUGAACUCCCGCUUAGACAUUUUUGCCUAGCACGUAUUUAUAUAUGGCAGUUAGGCCAGAAACCAGGAAGGAAUUUGGGAGAAAAUAGUAAAUUGUAUUUCCGCUCGUCUGUCAAUGAAAGAAUAAACCCAACAGCGCAUUCAUCACAACAAAACGGGGAGAUGUUAAUCAUUGGUCCUCACGGUUAUUUUUUGCAUCAGAUGUGUUAAGAUUGUGCAAGGAAAUUGCUCAAGGCGCAAUUUUUUGACCUUUUUCGCAGUCUCCGGGCGUCUUUCGUUCAGGCGUUUGACUAACAGGGGAGAUACCCCAAAUGCAACGCUCAGAUUUUGAUGAAACUCUGCACAAAUUUUGAUUAACUGUUACUAAUCUAUAUGCGAGUUUAAUAUCACGCGCUCUGCAGAAAUUAUCGAGAUUUUGAGCUCGAAAGUUGGCAAAAAAAUUAAGGUUUUUUGCGAAUUUUGAAAUAAAAAGUUGUAUGCUUGGAAACAUUAUCUUGCCGUUGAGGAUAAUGUUUUCACAACACAAGUUUUUCCUGCGCGGAGAUGGCAAAAAUAAGGUCAAAAAGUGUUCGUGUGACCGCUCUCCGUGUUCUGCGUACUGUCUCGGCCAAAAAGAUCGUUGAAUAUCUCGGCUUCCCCAGCAGAGGGCGAGCUAAAAUUUUAAAGGACUGAUAUGUGGUCUCUUCUCAAGCUGUCCGCAAAAUGUGGCGAAAAUCUGAGCCUUGCAUUUGGGGUACCUUCCUCGCAUUUCAUGCAUGUUUUUGAUUGCUUUCUGAGGCGCCGAGAAAGUGGUCAAAACAUUUGAAGCCUGUCGGCAAAAUAGAAAAUGAAAAGAGGUUCUCCCAAGGAGCACUAAAACUUAUUGGUCGCACAUUGAGCCUUUUGAAUUCAACUCAAAUUAUCUCUCUUUAUACGGGUGCAGGUGCCCUAUAUCGGAAAAAAAACGUGUCAACGAUUAUCGCAGACAAAAGCUAUAAUUGCCAAGCAAAAUAUAAACGUUUUCCGCAGUCUCCUCAGUCCAUCCAGCAGGGGAUUUUUUAAUUUUUAAGUCUCCAAAAUCGACAACGCUGUCUUUGGAAAUAAAAGCCGAAAAAACAUGUCAAAAAUUUCAGGAACGCAUUGCCAGACAAGACGCCGGUGAAUGUGAUCGUGGAGAUCACAAUUCAAGACAUUUCAGACAUUUCCGCAAUCACGGGUACCUUUGUAAUCGACUUUUGGAUAUCGGCCAUUUGGCAGGACAGUCGGCUGCAGUUCAGCCACUUGGAUCCGUGCCGCCGCAACUUGUCGCUGGAUCACGACAUGGAGCCCAAGCUUUGGAGUCCGAAUGUUUGUAUUGUCAACUCCAAGGCGACAAAAGUUCAUGACUCGCCGAAGCCGAAUAUUUUGUUAAUGGUAGGGGAGAGAAGUGAGGUCCGCCUUCAUUAGUCUGAUGGUCAAAAAAGCGAUCAAAAGUCUCCGCCGAAUACGCGGCAUUCCACGUUGGCGUAGGAAAAAAUAUUUUUAGGCAAAAAACCGCCCAUAUCCUUCUUUCUACUGCAAAAAAAAAUUUUAUGGAUAUCAUGGCUGAGCGCCGAGAAAUCGACGAAAACUUUCCGGGGAAUUUCUUGAAACAUCUUGUAUAAGAAUUUUUUCUGACAAGGGAAGUAUUCCAAGUGCGACGCUCAAAUUUUGAUCAAACUUGACACAGGUCAAGAACGUUUUUUUACAGAUCCGAAGCUCCUAGCUCUCGCUUGGAAGAAACUACCGGGAUUUUUAGGUCCAAAGUCGGCCAAAAUAGGACAUUUUUUGUCAUUUUGGGUCAAAAAUUGACCCGAUUUUGAAAAAUCGAUGAAAAUCCUAUGGUGGUCCGAUUCGGACAGUUAUUGUAUGUAACAGUAGAAGGACUUCUAUACUUUAAUUUUGGUUUAGUUUCUAAUUUACAGCUCGUAAAAACUUUUUGUAAGACUUCUGUGGGCACUUUUUAGGGCAUUUUUUGUCAUAAGUCCCAGAUAACGUUUUGAUAAGCUGAACCACUGUUAUAUUGUUGUUCACUAAGGUACCCUUCAUUUCCUCUAGCAUAUGCUUUCUUGUCCGGAAAGAGUUAUACGUGCUGUCAAUGAUUUUUCAAUUUUCAGAUAUUCCCCAACGGGACGACUUGGUUAAAUUAUCGGAUAAGAUCAGAAGGUAACGUAAUCUCCCAUUAUUUAUACAGUGGCAGGUCUGAUCCAUUGACAAAAAACGUACCGUUUUGGAUCCGGGAAGUGUCAAAAAUGCAGCAAAAUAACUCCCUCACCUAGUGAAAAAGACGAAGUUUUUUCACUUGGGAAGGAAGCAUUUUGCCACAUUUUUGAUACUUCCGGAUGCAAAAUUAUACGUUUUUUACCAAUUUGAUCAGGUCCUUCACUGUAUCCUACUGCUAUUUUUAACUACCUUUCUCCACAUUAUUCGCCAUAUUUCAGCCCCAUGCGCAAUGGAGCUCCGCAAUUUCCCGCUGGACAGCAUCAAAUGCGAGCUCGUUUUCGAGUCCUACAGUUACAACGCGGCCGAAGUGACGUUGGACUGGCUGCAAUGGUCGCCGGUGAGCACAGUCAAGGAGGAGUUCAAUUUGCCGGACUUUAAGCUCACCAACAUCACACAUCACAAGUCAACGGAGGUAAGGAAGGCUGCAAGUUUGACAAACGAAAUUCUACAGUGGGGGAUCUGAUCCAGUGGCAAAAAAUGUGCCAUUUUCCAUCCGGAAACUAUCAAAAAUGUGGCAAAAUACAUCCCUCUCCAAGUGAAAAAACUCCGAUUUUAAAAGCUCUUUUUGUGAGGAAAAAGGACGCGCCCUUCAAAACUAAGCUUUUUCACUUGGAGAGGGAAGCAUUUUGCCACAUUUCAGAUACUCCCCGGAUACAAAAUGGCACGUUUUUUGCCACUGGAUCAGGCCCUCCCACUGUAUAUUACGCAAUAAAAAUGCGAAUAGCGUCGACUUGCCUAUUUUGCAGAUGUACACAGCCGGAAUAUGGCAUCGACUCUUCGUGAACAUCUAUUUUGAUCGGCUCUUCGGGUUCUACAUUUUGCAAGUAAGCAGAGUCAUGACAUCUGAGGGAAUCCCUUGAUUUAGAUGUAUCUCCCCACUUACAUCAGCGUCUUCAUCUCGUGGAUCGCGUUUUGGAUGGACACACGCGCUCUGCCCGCCAGAAUCACACUGUCCGUCUCCAGUCUGAUGGCGUUGACAUUUCAGUUCGGAAACAUUGUGAGAUCGCUGCCUAAAGCCAGCUAUGUGAAGGCGAUUGACUUGUGGGUAAGCGGUUUUUUCUCUUGUAGAGAAUACGCUAAAAAAACUCUUUUUUUACGACAAAUAUUAGGUUGAUGCAUAAUUAUCCGGCGUUUUUCCAAAAAAUUGAGCGAUCGGCUUUGUUGUUGUCGGAGAAUUCGUGAGGAACCCAUCCAGCCAAUUUCCAUACCUUCCCAAGCUUUAAUAAUAAGACUACAUUUUUGCAGAUGUUCGGUUGUGUCGGGUUCAUCUUCCUGUCCCUGGUGGAGCUAGCGAUUGUUGCCUAUAACGACAAAAUGGAGGAUCAGAGAGCAAGAACUCGACGACUCUCGAGUCUGGCGCCAAUGUUGGCGCGGAAUUCGGGCUCAGGGACGGCGGAUAUGUUGCGACUACGGGAGCUGCGACGGUAGGUCACGAGGUUCACUGGUUGCCGAGUCCUGGUCAACCAUUGCCUAGCUAGAGAGAAAAGCUUUGUUAUAAAGGAACGUCAAAAAAUGUGUUUUUUCGCGGAUUUAGUCUAUUUAUUAUAGUACGGGAUUCUUGGCUCGAGCUUUGCAGCAACAACUUAUCAGCCUGUCGGGAAAAUAAUGAGCACUUUGCCGCAUCCAAAAUCGCAUCGCUGUCGAGAAAAUUGAAUUGUAUCGCGGCAAAAUCAAGCUUAUUUUCACUUCAGCGACGCGAUUGGCACUGCCACAUUGUGCUCAUUAUUUUCCCGACAAAUUGAUAUUUUGGUAAAAAGGUGAAGAUGGUAAGACUUGGACACUUUUUCGGGCAAACAGAACCGAAAAAUUUCCAUGGCUCUUCUUAAUAGACAAGAAAAUUUUUCUCAAAAGCUACCAUUUCUGCUGUGAAAAAUAUGUAGGCAAAAUUGGACCAAAACCAGUCCCAUUCUCUCUAUAUUUAUCAGUGAUCACCAAUGAGUGCAAAUAUCAGCCUGUCGGGAAAAUAAUGUGGAUUCGCUGCGCCUUGGAAUUGCCCAUCAUCGCUUUGCGCGGGCUAGCCGCAGCUAGAGAUUUUAUGCGCGACUCGGCGAGGCAAGACAUUUUCCUGCGACAAAUCCACAUUAUUUUCCUGACAAAAUGAUAUCUACAGCCCCUACAUUGCCCUAUAUUCGCCUCCAUUUUUUCAGCGGCGGUCUGCUCGACUACGACCCCCCGGAAUACUCGACGAAUCGAAAGCAUCGCCAUUCCGAUCUCAGCUUCCGCGACGAGUCCGACGUCCCGUACGCGGACGCCUCCGACUACCGCUCCGAAUACGGGAACAACAAUGGGAGCAGUCCGAACCAGCUCAACAUGCCCAAUACCCCAUUGAUUCAUAACGGGCCGCAAGAGAAUCCGGGAAAUGCGUCGCCGAACAUGAAUCUGCAUCUACCUCCGCCGCCACGACAUUUCUCGUUGAACAACAAGUGGAAGAGGGUCACCAAGAGGUCGGAACUGGGAGGAAUCAUCGAUCGGUUCUCCAGUAUUGCAUUCCCAACGGUAAACGCAGCUAAAUUUAUAAAAAAUCUCCAAUUGAGAGAGUUCAUUGGUUCACAGUAAAUCUCAAAAAAAAUCAAGUUCUAUAAGUUUCAGGCCUUUGCCUUGUUCAACGCCGUCUACUGGACGUAUUACCUGUCUUCCUACUCAACGUCGGGCAAGAUGGCAGCGAGAUAA